AUGAGCUGCCCCCCCACCAGCUCUGCCCGGCUGGUCCCCGUUGCCCCGGGACGGCGCGAGAGGAGGCUGAGCCGGGCUGGCUCCGCCAAGAGCAGUGGUGGAGCCCGGUGCCAGCUCACGCUGGCCCUGGGUGAGCCGUCCCCAGCUCGUUCGAGCAGGGACCGCGUUUCACAGCCAAACGGCCACGGGAGGAGAAGGCGUACGUGGCGCGCUGCGGGGCUCUGGCUGCACCCCGGACCAGGCCAUGGGGAGGCUGAGACAAGGGAAUGCAUUUACUACAACGCCAACUGGGAGUUGGAGAAGACCAACCAGAGCGGCGUGGAGCGCUGCGAGGGGGAGAAGGACAAGCGGCUCCACUGCUAUGCCUCCUGGAGAAACAACUCAGGCUCCAUCGAACUGGUGAAGAAAGGCUGCUGGUUAGAUGACUUCAACUGUUAUGACAGGCAGGAGUGCGUAGCCACAGAAGAAAACCCUCAAGUGUUUUUCUGCUGCUGCGAGGGCAACUAUUGCAAUGAGAAAUUUACCCAUUUGCCUGAAGUCACCGGCCCAGAAGUCAUAUAUGAGCCGCCACCACCAACACCCUCCCUGCUCAACAUCUUGGUGUACUCGCUGCUCCCCAUCGCUGUCCUCUCCAUGGCCAUCCUCCUGGCCUUCUGGAUGUAUCGUCACCGCAAGCCUCCCUAUGGGCACGUCGACAUCAAUGAGGACCCUGGCCCGCCACCCCCUUCUCCCCUGGUUGGCCUAAAGCCUCUGCAGCUCUUGGAGAUCAAGGCAAGGGGACGCUUUGGCUGCGUGUGGAAGGCUCAGCUGAUGAACGACUACGUAGCAGUGAAAAUCUUCCCUAUUCAGGAUAAGCAAUCUUGGCAGAGCGAGAGGGAGAUUUUCAAUACUCCUGGCAUGAAGCAUGAAAACCUUUUGCAAUUUAUCGCAGCAGAGAAAAGAGGGACAAACCUAGAGACAGAGCUCUGGCUGAUCACAGCUUUCCACGACAAGGGCUCUCUGACGGAUUACCUGAAGGGCAAUAUUAUCAGCUGGAAUGAGCUCUGCCAUGUCGCAGAAACAAUGGCGCGUGGCUUGUCCUACCUUCAUGAAGAUGUCCCUUGGUGCAAAGGUGAAGGACACAAACCUGCUAUAGCACACAGGGACUUCAAGAGUAAAAAUGUCUUGCUGAAGAAUGACUUGACGGCAGUGCUAGCCGAUUUCGGACUAGCUGUACGGUUUGAACCUGGAAAACCUCCAGGGGAUACUCAUGGACAGGUGGGAACAAGGAGGUAUAUGGCUCCUGAAGUGUUAGAGGGAGCAAUCAACUUCCAACGAGACGCCUUCCUGAGAAUAGACAUGUAUGCAAUGGGACUGGUGUUGUGGGAGCUAGUCUCCAGAUGUAGAGCCGUUGAUGGUCCAGUGGAUGAAUACAUGCUGCCUUUCGAAGAAGAAAUAGGUCAGCACCCAUCCCUUGAGGACCUGCAAGAAGUGGUGGUUCACAAAAAGAUGCGCCCUGUGUUCAAGGAUCACUGGCUGAAACACCCCGGUUUGGCGCAGCUCUGCGUGACCAUCGAAGAGUGCUGGGACCACGAUGCGGAGGCUCGGCUCUCGGCAGGCUGUGUCGAGGAGCGCAUUGCGCAGAUCCGCAAAUCCGUAAAUGGCACUACCUCGGACUGCCUUGUCUCCAUUGUGACAUCCGUCACCAACGUGGACUUGCCGCCCAAAGAGUCUAGUAUCUAAGUCCUGGUUCACUUUUGUCUUUCCAGACUCAGUGGAUUUAAAAAAAAAGAAAAAAGUUUAAGGAAAAAAAAA